AUGGACGAAGCAGAAGCUCCAAGUCCUCCUCCGUUUCUGGAGGUCAAAUGUCAGAGUUCAGGCAUGAAACGCCGCUUCGCGAGGGGGACAGACGCAGGUUUUGCAGUCUCACUGAUAAACAAGAAAUUGGGUUUGGGGGACCCACUUGCGGUGCAUAUUGAAGCCUUUAAAGAAGGAGAAGAGCCCAUCAGUUUUGGACCCAGCUCGGCUCUCGUCGAUUAUGGCAAUGGCUGGAGGUUACAGACCGUUUCCCAAGUGGAUUCUCCUGGAAUUGGAGGUGGACAAGGGGUUGGAAGGCCAAUGGCAAUGCCACUUCCUGGUGUAAUGCGUUCCGACAAGUUACAUGUUGCAAAGAGGGUAUCGAAACCAGAAAUCAAUUUUAUGUACAUUGGAAAAAUAAUAUUAGCUUUCAUUUUGAUUUUUGUACUUGGUGCAAUUUUCACGUUGGCUCUUGAGAACCUUCCUAGACUGAUUUCUUUUUUCAGUUUAUCUAUGUAA